UUUUAGUCAAUAGACAAUAAAUUUGCAUAUACCCAUACCCAUCAAACGAAGCACAGAUCAUCAAGGAAAAAAAAUGGAACAAAAAACCCAAUCAUCACCGCUGACAUGCGAAAACCUACCUUCAUUCCUCUCUUCAUUCGUCGACACCUUCGUAGACUUCUCAGUGAGUGGCCUUUUCCUGCCCCAACAGCAACAAAUUCCUCAAAAACCUCUUCAAACUCAUUACCCUCCCCCUGACCGCCUCGUCGCCAUCGGCGACCUCCACGGAGAUCUCGAGAAAUCCAAGCAAGCUUUCCGUCUCGCCGGCCUCAUCGAUGGGUCCGAUCGUUGGUCCGGUGGGUCUACCACCGUUGUUCAGAUCGGCGACGUGCUUGACCGUGGCGGGGAAGAGCUCAAGAUCCUUUAUUUCUUGGAGAAACUGAAGCGUGAAGCUGUUAAAACUGGUGGACAGCUGAUAACUUUGAAUGGGAAUCACGAGAUAAUGAACAUUGAAGGUGAUUUCAGGUUUGUAACUGAAAAGGGUUUGCAGGAAUUUGAUGUCUGGGCUUAUUGGUAUGCUAUAGGGAACAAGAUGAAGAGUUUAUGCCAUGGUUUAGAAAUCCCUAAGAACCCUUUUCAUGGGAUUCCUUUAUCUUUUCAUAGAGUCCCUGAAGAUUUUUCUCAUAGUAUUAGAGCUAGAAUUGCUGCAUUGAGACCAAAUGGUCCGAUUUCCCGUAGAUUCUUAGCUAAUAACUCGACUGUUUUAGUCGUUGGCGACUCAGUUUUCGUCCACGGUGGCCUUUUAGCCAAACAUGUGGACUAUGGGUUGCAGAGGAUCAAUGAAGAGGUGAGGGAUUGGAUUAAUGGAUCGAUGGGGGGCCGAGCACCAAAGUAUUGUAGAGGGAGGAAUGCUGUGGUUUGGUUGAGGAAGUUUUCGGAUGAAUUAGCGAAGAACUGUGAUUGUUCACUUCUAGAACACGUUCUCGCUACGAUCCCUGGUGCGAAAAGGAUGAUAAUGGGUCAUACUAUUCAAGAGGCCGGGAUUAAUGGUGUUUGUGAUUCUAGAGCAAUAAGGAUCGAUGUCGGAAUGUCGAAAGGCUGUGGUAACGGAUUGCCUGAAGUUUUGGAGAUUAAUAAGAACUCGGGGUUGAGGGUAUUGACUUCGAAUCCGGUGUAUAUGAACAAGAAUCGAUCUUUUGCAGAUGCUAGAACUAAAGAAGGGUUUGGAUUGUUGAUACCGGAGCAGGGGUCGAAACAAGUCGAAGUGAAAGCUUAGCAGUUUCUAGUAAUAUAAGCUAGCGAAAGCCGUUACCUCAGUAACUGCUGGACACAUUCAUUUGCAGGUAAACUUGUUAGCAAAAGAAAUUAACCGUUGGAUCUGCAUUUUUUUUAUGUGAACUUGAACUGCAAUCGUUGCUUAUACUGUCAUCGAUGUAUGAAUUUGUUCGAUCAAUAUGAAGAUUCCAUUAGCAAUUUGGCCGUUGACCAAUUCGAUGGGAGCUUUAUGUUGUUGCUAGUGUUUAACCAUUGUCUCGAAAUCUCCCCUACGCGGCCAGACAUGACAUGAAUCUUGUAUUGGAUUCUGGCAAAUGAAAAUAUCAGGCAUUUAUGUUAUUUUUGUUCUUCCAUUCUUCAUUUUCAUGGUAUGAAUGAAGAUCCUGGUAAGAACUAAUCUCUGCAUUGGUUA